AUGAGUAAAGUAGCAUCUUUCAGUUCCACCAGUGGCACUGGCCAACAAUCCCACGUUACCAAGAGAGGUAAUGUUGCCAGUUUUUCCGACAAGCUCACUGCCUUGGAUACUUACGGGAACACAUUCGAAGCACCCGAUUUUACCAUCAAGGAUAUUUUGAGUGCCAUUCCACCUCAUUGUUACGAAAGAAGAGUUUUCCAAUCAUUGUCUUAUGUUUUUAGAGACAUUGCAUGUAUGGUUUUAUCCGGUUACAUUGCCAACAACUACAUUGAGUUGAUCCCAAACCAAUACGGCAGAUUCUUUGCAUGGGCCGCCUAUGUUUACGGUCAAGGAUUGUUUGGAACUGGACUCUGGAUCUUGGCCCAUGAAUGUGGCCACCAAGCCUUCUCGGACUAUGGCUGGGUUAACGAUACCGUUGGUUGGAUCUUGCACUCUUACUUGUUGGUUCCAUACUUCUCUUGGAAAUACUCCCACGGUAAACAUCACAAGGCCACAGGUCACUUGAAGAGAGAUAUGGUUUUCGUUCCAAAGACAAAGGAAGAGUUUUUGAGCAACAGAGGUGCUCACAGCGUCGAUGAAAUCAUGGAAGAUUCCCCAAUCUAUACUUUAUACCAAUUAGUUGCCCAGCAAACUUUCGGAUGGAUUAUGUACCUUUUCACCAACGUCACCGGUCAAGCUUUAGAAGAUAUUCCAGCUUGGAAAAAGAACCAUUUUAACCCAUCGUCUGCUAUUUUCGAGAAGAAGGAUUACUGGUACAUUGUUUUGAGUGAUAUCGGUAUCUUGGCUCAAUCCUUCAUCUUGUACACCUGGUAUCAAAACUUCGGUGGAUUCAACUUAUUAGUUAACUGGUUCUUACCUUAUGUCUUAGUCAACCAUUGGUUAGUCUUCAUCACCUACUUACAACACUCGGACCCAAAGAUGCCUCAUUACGAACCAGAACAGUGGACUUUUGCCAGAGGUGCAGCUGCCACUAUCGAUAGAGAAUUUGGAUUUGUUGGCCAACACAUUCUCCACGAUAUUAUUGAAACUCACGUGUUACAUCACUACGUCUCAAGAAUUCCAUUUUACAAUGCCAGAGAAGCUUCUGCAGCUAUUAAGAAGGUUAUGGGUAGCCACUACAUGCAUUCUGAUGAAAAUAUGUGGGUUUCCCUCUGGAAAUCUGGUAGAUGGUGUCAAUUCGUAGAAGGUGACAACGGUGUUAUGAUGUACAGAAAUGUAAACGGCUUAGGAGUUAAGCCAACUUAA